UCUAAUUAUCAGGAAGUCAAAGUUAGUAAAAGAAAUAUACCUAGAUAAAUCGUAUAGUAAAAUAGAAACUCUUAGGAAAACUAAAAGACGAGAUGAAGCUUAUAUGAUGGUGAAAAAGUUAUUUGACCAGUAUAAGUCCAGAGCGAGAGGAGGAGAAGAAAACAAAUUGAAAAAUGUCAGUUGAACAAAAUGAUAUAGCCAUAAAAUUGAGAAAUAUUCAGAAAUUCUAUAUGCAGGUAAUCACUUACGGAUAAAGAUACAAACGAAAAAUAAAAAUUUGAAGAAGGAUAAAAGACUUAGUUAUGAGGAAAGAUUUUGAAAAAGCAUUGGCAAAUCUAAAUGACAAAGAAGCAGCAAUGAUUGAUGGAAUACAAGUGGAGAUUUUGAAAAGAAUCUGGGAAAAAAGUUAAAAAUAAAUUACAUCAAAUUACAAGGCGUGUCCAGAAAGUAAGUGUACUGAGGCUCUCACGGCCAUAGGGAAUAUUUUUUUUACUAUGUUGGCUACACUGCCGUAUAGCUUUACUCCUAACCUUUAAAACAAGACCAGAACGAGUUCAGUACGUUGAAAACUGUGGUCACACGAUUAUUUUUUGUUAAACAUGUUGAUCGAGUCUGCCACCAAGUGCGAAAUCCGCGCUGUUAUCCGUUACCUUGUUGUAAAGGAAAAAUCUCCACAUGAGAUUUUUAAUGAGGUACGAACUGUUUAUGGUGAAGGCCAUAUGAACGAUACCAGUGUAUACAAGUGGUGUAGGGAGUUUAAAAACGGCCGUACGAAUGUACAUGACGAUCUGAGGAGUGGGAGACCGUCGAUUUUGACUGACGACAUUGUGAAAAAAGUCGAGAAUACGGUCCGUGACGACAGCAGAUUGACUCUGGAUGAACUUUCUGCAAUGUUUCCGCAACUGUCAUGGUCUCUGCUCCACGAAACAAUCACAGAAACACUUGGAUUUCAUAAACUGUGCGCAAGAUGGAUCCCAAAACAGCUUACUGAAGAACACAUGUUGAAUCGAGUGCAAGCCUCCAGAGAAUUUUUGGAACGCUAUGAACUGGACGGUGAUAAUUUUCUCAAGUCUAUUAUUACUGGAGAUGAAACUUGGGUUACACACUAUACACCUGAAACUAAGAGACAGUCCGAACAGUGGCGUCACACCACUUCACCCUCAACCAAAAAGUUCAAAACCACCAUUUCAGCCAAAAAAAUCAUGGCAUUAGUGUUUUGGGACCACAAAGGCAUCAUUUUGAUUGAAUAUUUACCUCAGGGGGAGACCAUCAAUGCAGCAAGGUAUUGUGAGACCCUAAAAAAAUUGAGGAGAGCUAUUCAAAAUAAAAGGAGGGGUCUGUUAACGAGCNGUUUUGAACCACUCCCCAUGUUCCCCCGACCUGGUGCCUUCAGAUUACCAUUUGUUCACUUCCCUGAAGAAGCACAUGGGUGGAAAAAAAUUUUCAACUGACGAGGAAGUGAAGGGGGCGGUCGACAAGUGGACAAAGGAGAUGGCGGCAGAGUUCUACGAGGCAGGCAUAAAAAAAUUAAUCUGCCGUCUCACAACCUGCAUUGAAAGAAAUGGUGACUAUGUAGAAAAAUAGCACACAAAUAUAUUAAUGUAACCACGUUAUUUUUUUUUUUUAAUAAAUUUUUUUGAAGCCUACAAAAAUUGAGUACACUUACUUUCUGGACACGCCUCGUAUUAAAGAUAUAUAUGAAACUGGUGAAAUGUCUGAGAAUUAUAUAACAAGCAUAUUUAUAUCCGUACCUAAGGAAGCUGCUGCAAAAAACACUCAAGGAUUCCAAGCUAUUAGGCUGCUAACCCAGGCCUCUAAUAUACUUGCACGAUUUUAUUCCAACGUAUUAAAGCUAAGGUAGACAAAUUGCUGACUAAGGACCACUUCGGAUACAGAAAAAAUAUGAGAACAGGAGAUGCAAUAUUGGCAUUAAAGUUAAUAAUUCAAAAGAGAAUUACGAAAGACAAAACAAACUUAUAACAAACUUGUACAAGCGAUACAGCUUUUGUGGACAUCGAAAAAGAAUUUGAUAAUGUAAAUCUGACUAAAAGACUUUUGUAUAACUUAUAUGAAGACGAGUUAGCUGUUAUAAAAAUCCAAGAUAACAUAGAAGAAACAAAAAUAAUUAUUUGUUUUAAUUAAUAAAUCGUUUUGCAGAAGAAAUAUCAUUAAUUUGAAGAUUUGGACAAACUUACCAAAACCAUGGAUGAAUUAAAAAUUAACGAUUCGCACGUGAAAGUAAAUGUUUAAAAGAAUAGAGUGCUCAUAUGUAGAAGGGCAAAAAAAACAGAGUAUAGAUAUAAAUACGAGGAAACACAAAAGUAAAUCAAGUAGAUGAAUUUACAUAGCUAGAGAUUACAAUCAGCAAUGUUGGAAGAAAUGGGAAUAAAAUAAUAAAACGUAUCUGUCAAUCCUAAAUAGCCUUUAGCAACAAGUAAACUCUAUUUACAUCAAGAAAAAUUAGCCUGUGAACGAUAAAAAAUCUACUGAAAACGUAUGUAUGUAGUAUGACCCUUUAUAGAAGACCUAGAAAAAACAGAGAUAGAACGAAAAAGUUUGAAGUUGUUUGAAAUUUGGUGCUAUAGAAGAAUGUUAAGGUUGAAUUGGAUGGACUACUGAAGGAAGGCUAAAAAAAAUAUCAGAGAGAAAAUUACUAUGG